GGACCGGAUUGAUCCUUUUGCCUUUAAGUUCCAGUUCAAGAAUGUGGAAUACUCCUCGGGCCGCAACAAGACCUUCCUGUGUUACCUGGUGGAUAAAGGGAACACAGCUGAUGGGCUGCUGAGGGGCUACCUGGAGGAUGAGCAUUCCGGGUCUCAUGCUGAGGAGGCAUUUUUCAUACAGUGCUUGCCACACUGCGACCCUGCACUCAAAUACACAGUCACCUGGUAUGUGUCUUCCAGCCCCUGCUCUGCUUGUGCAGCAAAAAUAGCUGAAGUGUUAAAGGCCAGGAAAAACGUCAAGCUGAGCAUCUUUGCUGCUCGGCUGUUUGAGUGGGAGGAUACAGAGAUCCAGGCCGGGCUGAAGGCCCUGCACGCUGCUGGGUGUAAGCUGAGGGUGAUGAAGCCUCUGGACUUCUCCUAUACCUGGGACACAUUUGUGGAGAGCGAGGAACAACCUCUGAACCUGUGGGAGGACUGCAAAGAAAACUACGAGUAUUACCACGAGAAGCUGGCUGACAUUAUACAGUGACCACAGAGUCCAUUUGGGGAUGUGGGCACCUUCAAACAUCACCAUUACUUCUAAGAUAAUUCAUGUUGAUGAUAUUAUUGAGUUUAAUACAUAGUGCAUAUGAAUCUGUGGGAGUAUAGCAUACCACGACAUCUGGCAGUGAUCCCAACUCUGGGACUGUCCAAGUCUCAGACAUUAGUGCUUUUCAGUACUUGUUAGGCAUGUGUUUUUAUUUUUGUUUAGUUCUUUGCACAUUUUUUGAAGACAGUGAUUUUAAGGGGUGCUAGAAUAUUUACAGUUUGAAAAGGUAAAUGACUGAAGAGAAAGACAUGUUCACAUUCAGCAUGUCCUUUACAUAGAAAAUGAGAGAAACCUGGAUAUCAGCUCUCUGUAUGAUUGUAUGAUUCCUCCACAUUCAGCAUCUGAGCUUCGGUCACCUCUGAGUUAUCUCAGCAACAGACCCUCAGGUUCUGGGGUUAAUCCAGCCGUUUUGUUUAAAGUACAUGAUGUUUAGAUCCAAAUAAUGUAUCUGUAUUUGCCUUUUGCCUCCUGUCUGUUCUUUCAGUAAUAAACAGAUAUCAGAAGUC